ACUGAGCCGCCGGUAAUUGCAGUCCUUCUCUGUUUCCUCUCUUCUCUAGUUCUCUAUCAUUCUACACUUUCUCACACAUACAGCACUAAAAGUAGUUCACUUAUUCGUCUGUCCCUUCGCUUGCUUCGGAGUUUAAUGCCAAAAAGUUCCAUAAAGGGAGAGGAAGAAAUCAAACCCCCAUAACUGCACUACACCACUUCGAAUAAGGACUAUAUAAAUAUAUGGGCGAAAUAAUUAUAUUUAUGUAGAAUAUAUACAUAUAUAUAUAUCGGUGUUUGGGGUCUACAAAGAUUAAAUGGUUGUAAAGUUUCUGCUCUAAUCUUAUCGUAAAUCUUUCCUCACUUCUCAAAGAAGCAUGAAAACAAUCUUCACACCGACAUGGACGCCUGUGUCUAUGCUUGAUUUUCUAUCUUUGUGUCUUUAAGAAAGAAUUAUUUUAGUAUAUUUUCUUUAUAUUAUUCUCCUUGGAAGUGAAGGCUUUCAUCAAUUUUAAUUAAGGGUGAUUAUUCUACUAUAUCUUUUUUUUUUUUUUUGGUGGGAAGGAUUUAGAUUGGAAUGCCAGAAUGGGUUAGACUGUGAACUAUUUUAUAUUAAUGCUACAUUAUUAUAUAUCAUAUAUUAAUAUUAUCAUCACUACUCUAAGAAUCUUUUACUUCAUUUCAUACUUUUGGAAAGAUAGAUGCUACUGUAUAGGACCAUUCUUUUAUAAAUCUGAAGUUUUGUGAGCAGUGAUGAAAAAUGUGACAUUUCCCGCCCCAUUCCAAAACAAACAUAUUCUAAAUUCUUCUAAGAACAUUUUAGGGUUCAUAUUACAAAUAUUAAUCACUAAUACUAUUAUUAUAUAAAUGCAGAAGGCGGAAAAUGUGACAUUUUAGACAAAGGAGAAAAAUAAGAGCGAAGCAACGAAUUUAAAAAUCACAGUAAACCGAAGGAAAAUUAUAUAACAUAAAUGUAUGUGUAUUGUAUAACCAGACGAUAACCAGUCAAUAAUUAACAAUAACCAGACUAAUUAUUAACUACCAGAUGAUAAGUAUCAGUAAACCAGACGAUAAGUAACAGUAAACCAGACGACGGAAAGACCAGACGAUUACAAAAAAAACAUUAAUAUUUGAAGAAAAUUGGAAAGCGAAGCAAAGGAGGUAGCAGAUAACAAAGAAGGAAGUGUCGGCUGUAUUUUGUCUUCCGCAGGAUUUCUCUUUUGUAAACACACACAGUCAGACAGAGAGAGAGUUUUGAAAGACUGAAUCGGUCACCAAAGCCAAUGCAAGCCACACACAACACAACACAACACUGCAAUAUUAAGUUAAUGUAUUUAUUAUCAUCAACACAGUCAUUAUUAUUAUCAUCAUUACUGUUAUCGUUGUCAUUAUAAACGUUAACAGAAUUAAUUAAAUGAUAAUAACAAGCAUGAUGAUAAAGAAUGUUAGUGGUUAAUUUGGGAUGGCAAACACAUGAAAUUUUGAUACGGGUUCCUCGUUGUUGCCAAAUAUUUAAACUCAAUGGCAUUGUAGUAGCUUGAGCAAGACACGUGUGCAUAUACAUACAUACAUACAUACAUACAUACAUACAUAUAUAUAUAUAUAUAUAUAAUGAUGUGUAUCUAUAUGUUUGCUGUAUUGGAUUUAUAACGAUAUUAAUAUAAAUAACGAUGCACACUGUACAGUUUUAAAAUGGUCAGCGAUAUUUGAUAAUAUAUUCCAACUGACGAUAAUAAUGAUAAAUGAUAAUAAUAUAUUCUAAUAAACUGCCCGGUAUUUAAGAGUAAUUCAUUCGUGGUAUAUUUACAAACAAACAAAACACCCGAGGAAGGAUUAUGGCAGCAGAGAACAAGCGACCACCCGUCAGUAUUAGCGAAUUGGUGCAGCUUAGAAACUUUGGAAUACCAGCCGACCAAGUGACCUGGUCACGUGUUACCAUGAUUUCUGAUCAGUGGAUUGCAGUACGACAUGAUAGCCGAGACAGAAAAAUGUCCAAUGUCACUGUACUGAAUCCCCGAGAAGGUACCAAGAUAUAUGCUGGUUCUACAUUUGCAGAUUCUUUAUUAAUGAACCCAUCACACCCUCUCAUUGCUCUAAAAGCAAAUCUUCGUUUUGAAGUAUUUAAUGUCGGCAACAAAGUUUUGGUCAGUAAAACAGACAUGUUGGAACGAGUUAUUUUCUGGACUUGGGUGAACUCUGACAUCAUUGCUAUCAUAACAGACUCCACAGUCUACCACUGGGACCUCUGGCAAGGUGACUCUCCACCAGAAAAUGUCUUCCAACGGCAUGAUCGUUUGACCUUCAGUGAAAUCAUCAGCUACAAAGCUGACCCUAGUUUAAAGUGGCUGGCCAUUACAGGACUCACACCAGAGGAGGACCGCAUCUCUGGAGUGACACAGUUGUAUAAUGUGGAUGAAGACAUCACACAAUGCAUCAACUCGCAUGCCGUGUGCUUCACACACUACAGGUUUGAUGAUAACCCUUUGCCAUCGACAGUGUUUUGUGUGGCUUCCAGGGAUACACAAGACAAGGGUAAAAUCCACAUAAUAGAGCUGGGACCUUACAAACAUGGCAAUUUUGCUCCUCGGAACAGUUACACAGAAAUUCAGUUUACAGAUGAUACAGAACGUUACGACUUCCCUAUCUCCAUACAGGUCAGUGAAGAAUAUGGCCUUCUCUACAUGGUGACCAAAUAUGGUUACCUCUACCUGUGCGACAUGGAAACUGCAGCUUGUCUUUGUGUCACCAGAGUAUCAAUUGACAUUGUCUUCACUUCGACGCUCAACAGCAUCUCUCAAGGAAUCUUGGGGGUCACGCGGACAGGAAGGAUAUUAAGCGUUGACAUCAAGAAAGACCUUCUGAUUGCCCAAAUCCGAGAAAGUGCCAAGUGGGCAAACCAAGCGAACCGGCUGGAGCGUGUUAUGGCUGGGAAAGGACAAAACAAAGAGGAAUCAAGCAAGAAAGAUCAGAUUCCGCACAAAAACAAAAACCACAAUAACAACAACAACUUGAGCUUCCAGGUUAAUAAUAAUACCAACACCAACCGCACCACAACCACUAAUAACACCACAACCACCAUCACAACAACAACAAGAAGCAGUAUUGCUCAUGUUAGUAGUAGUAGCUGUAGUACUAGUUGUAGCAGUAGCAUGAUGAAGGAUUGUUCUAAGGUGCCCCUGUUAUUAUCACCGUCCAGUCUACCGACAAUUUGUUAUGAAGACAGCGACAGCCGAAGUAGCCACAGUCAGGAGGAGGCAAGUGAAAGCGAUUCAUAACAGACACAGAAAAACAUAUGGAUGCAUCUAGAACUUCUCUCAGAUUUCCCUCUAAAGUUACUAGAACGUGACAUUGGUGCCGUGUCAUUGUAUGAGGUGAGAUUAAUUUGUCCAUAUGUAGAAAACCACAGAAGAGGAAUAUAGAUAUAGAUGAGACACAGUCGAUGCUAUGUCGCUAAAAACAUAAGGCAGCUUUAAUCAGAACAGUCAAGAUUAAAAGAGGGAAAAAAACAACAACAACCAAACAAACCAAAUGAACCAAAGAAAAAGCAAAAAAGAAAAAAGAUGAGGGUUAUUCCCUUCUUGAUUGUGAAUAACAUUCUACACUGCCAAAAUGUUUUUUUCGUUUUAUCCCAAGUGUUUGGUUUUUGAACAACUCAAUGCAAAAUUCUGUGCAAAACAGUGCAAAUAAACGUUCAUGCUGCAGCGGUCGUUGCAUGCAUGUGCUGCAGGCAGACAUAAGUAUGUAUGUGUGUUUGGCAAAACGGAUGGAGAUGUGUGAUAUCUCUGCAAAAACGCAUACAUGACUUUCUGAGUAAUAUGAAGUAUGUGUAUAUGUAUGUAUGUGUGCAUAAAUGUGUGUGUGUGUGCAUGCGCAUAUAUAUAUACAUACAUUCAUAUUUUAUUUGUGGUUAACAAAGCUACCAGCGGUUUCAUGUAGAGAAUUCUCUUAGCAAUUAUCAAGCUUACCACAUAAAAAAAUUGGUACUUGUCUGUGAUUCUCCUCCAAGAUGGAGAUGAGUACAAGCAUUUCCAUGUGGCGGGCUAGAUAAUUGUUAAGUGAUUUCUAUCUGCAUGAAACCAUUGGCAACCCUGUUAACCCACACAUAAACAAUAUUUAUCCACCAAUGUGGUGUUGAGCACUCAUUCUCACUGUUCAAUAUUAGCAUAUAUAUACAUAUAUAUAUGUGUGUGUGUAUGUAUGUAUAUAUAAAGAGAGAGAGAGAGAGAGAAUAUAAACAUACAGGCAUAUUUUGGCAUGCAUCAAACUAGUCGCCUGGUCUGAAAUGGGAAUCGAUGGAAAAUAUUAUUACCAUAUUUUGACUGCAGUUAUACGUGAAGGAAGGAAAACGAUGUGAGCUGUCAGGGCAUUUAUAUUGUGUUCAUUUUUUUGCGACUGAGAAAAAAUACGGAGGCAAAUUUUAUGUUUUAAAUAUAAGAAUUCUAAAUUUGAAAAUUAAUAUGUAUGUAUGAAGAAUAAAAGUCAGUGUGUGUGUGGAGAGAGAGAGAGAGUGAGAGAGUGUAUGAGUUUACAUUUAUUUUGUACAAAACCAUGAGCUCUCAUUAUGUUUGUGAUAGAAGUGUGUAGAAUUAAUCUGAUAUAUGCAUGUUGUAUAUGACUAUGAUUCAUAUCUAAGGGUAGUGUUGAGCCAUCCUUCAUAUCCAAAGGACUCUGCCACCAUCUGUAACCUGUGUAUUGAUGAGGAUAAUGCAUUAGUGGCAUGGAUUGUUUUGUUUUAAUUUGUAAAAUUAGAUUACAUUUUGAUUUACAUUUAUAGAGGGUUUCAUCAAACUUUUAUCUAGAGCUUACAUUAUUUUGUUUUACAAAAAUAUGUCACUAAUAUAUAUAUAUAAAUAUACGCACAUGCACACACAGGGCUGUGGAGUCAGAGUCGGAAACAAUUAAGGGGCAGCUGGAGUCGAUAAAACUAUACUGACUCACAAUGUCUUUAUUCUUUAAUAUAAACCAAUAAUAACAUAUAGGCUGACUCAAAGUACAAGCGUAUGCAUAUGCUUUAUGAGAUAUGUAGACUAUAAUUACUUAAUUACAUAAAGAGGAGUCAGAGUCGGAGGUGCCAUUGGUACAGAAGUCAGAAUCAAGAGUCAAAGUUUUUUGUUUUGACUCCACAGCCC